AUGCACGACAUCCAACUGCGCAUGCGUCGUUCAAAAAUGGAGUCCGACGAGCCUCCGGUGUCGGUCUCCGUGUCUCCGGGAGAAAAGAUGAGGCUGUUGGUGAAGCAGCGAGUCCACGCGGCCGUUGAAGAGUCUUCUGGGCUGUUGGACACAUUGACAGCAGCUUAUGAGGACACCGUGUCUCAGCUCAGAGAACACGAGCGACACGCAUCAGACGUCCAGCAGCUGUUAGUGGUUAAAGAAGAGGUUCUUUCUGAGCAGCAGGUCUGGAUCUCCAGUCUGGACCAGGUGCAUCCAGAGUCCCUGCUAGUUAAAGAGGAACAGGAGGACCAGGAGAUCCCUGAGCCCCCCCACAUUAAAGUGGAACAGGAGGACCAAGAGAUCUCGGUCCCCCCCAACAUUAAAGAGGAACAGGAGGACCAGGAGAACCCUGAGCACCCCCACAUUAAGGAGGAACAGGAGGACCAAGAGAACUCAGUGCCCCCCAACAUUAAAGAGGACCAGGAGAACCCUGAGCACCCCCACAUUAAAGAGGAACAGGAGGACCAAGAUAACUCGGUCCCCCCCAACAUUAAAGAGGAACAGGAGGACCAGGAGAACCCUGAGCACCCCCACAUUAAAGAGGAACAGGAGGACCAAGAGAACUCAGUGCCCCCCAACAUUAAAGAGGACCAGGAGAACCCUGAGCCCCCCCACAUUAAGGAGGAACUCUGGACCAUUCAGGAGGGAGAGCAGCUUCAAGGGCUGGAGGAGGCUGGUCUCAAGUUCUCACUCACUCCUGUGAAGAGUGAAGCUGAAGAGGAAGGUCAGUCCUCUCAGCUUCAUCAAAAACAAACUGAACAGAUGGAAAUAGAAGCUGAUGGAGAUGAUUGUGGAGGACCAGAACCAGCCAGGAAUGCAGAUACUGAUGAGGAGACUGGAGACUCUUCUGAACCAGAUACCGAUGACUCUGUUGAUUGGAAGAAGACCAGAGAACCUCAAUCAGUCUGGGCUUGGGUCUUGGGGGCAGCAGACCCAGCAGGCUGACCCAGACUUCCCUCUCACCUGCAACAUUUUCCAGCUCUUUCUGGAGGAUCCUGAGGCGUUCAGGCGAGCAGCGAGAUGUAAUCCCUCCAGCGGAUCCUGGGUCUUCCCAGUUGGACGUACUUCGUAAACCUCUAAAGAGAGACGUCCAGGAGGCGUCCGAAUCAGAUGCCCGAACCACCACAGCUGACUCUUUUCGAUGCGAAGGAGUAGCGGCUCAACGCCAAGCUCCCUCCUGAUGUCCAAGCUCGGUACCCUAUCUCGAAGGCUUAGUCCUACAGAAGAAACUCAUCCCCGUACUCUCUCUCUAAGGCUGAGCCUGGCCACCCUACGGAGGAAACUCAUUUUGGCAGCUUGUAUUGGCGACCUUGUUCUUUUGGUCACAGCCCAAAGUUCGUGACCAUAGUUGAGGGUUGAAACGUAGACCAAUCACUAAAUUGAGAGCUUUGCCUUUUGGCUCAGCUCCUCUUCACCAAGACGGACCGGUGCAGCGCCUGUUUUACUGCUGCAGCCGCACCGAUCCGCCUGUCGAUCUCUCGCCAUCUUACCCUCACUCGUGAACAAGACCCCGAGAUACUUGAACUCCUUAGCUUGGGGCACUCUGUCCCACCUGGAGGGAGCAAUCCACCGGUUUCCAGCAGAGCACCAUGGCCUCAGAUGUGGAGGUGCUGACUCUCAUCCCCGCCGCUUCAAACUCGACUGCAAAACGUCCCAGUGAACGCCGGAGGCCACGGCCCGAGGACGCCAACAGGACCAUAUCGUCUGCAAACAGCUGAGAGCCGAUCCCCAAACCUGACCUGCUCCACCCCCAGGCUGCGCCUAGAUAUCCUGUCCAUGAAAAUCACAAAGAGGAGCGGUGAUGAAGGGCAGCCCUGGCUGAGACCAACACCCACCGGGAACAUGUCUGAAUUAAUGCUGAGAAUGCAAACACAGCUCUUACUGCAGGAUACAGAGACCGGAUAGCCCUUUGCCACGAGUCCGGAACCCCACACUCCUGCAGUAUUCUGUUUUUUCUUUUCUAACUAACUCACACACACCGUUAUUGCUUGUUAUUGAUAUGUUAUUGAUUGAGUAUGCCAUAUAAUUCAUGGUGUGUUGAUAUACAAUAUUAUGGAUUUUGAUGAUUUUUGUAAAGGUAAAUAAACUGUUAUAGUUUUAAAGAGCA